AAACAAAAGGACUAUUCGAUAACACCGCGCGCGGAAACUUGGAAAAAAGUACUAAGUAGAAGAACGGCCAUAACUUUCGUAGACGUUGAAACAAAUCGCAUAAUUUUGUGAAUGUUCAUCCGGAAUCUCCGUGCCUAGUUCUCGUGCAAAAAUGUGAAAUCUAAUAGUUACAGAUACCGUUUGUUUGACAUGUGCUGUUGAGUUUUUCCAAUUGUUUAACGGUAGUGAUUGAGAUCGUCGUGAUUGUUCGGCUCAGACGGAAGUGAAAGUUAUAUUAUUUUCGUUGUUAAAGUAGCGCGAUAGCAGUCUGUUGUUGGUGAUAAGCAUUAAAGUCCUGUAGUGUUAAGAUAUAAAAUCAAAGAAAAACACUCAGUAGACUGUGUUAUACAAAAAAAACGUAACUGCGAGCAAAGUUUUCCAAAAUGGCCAACACCGGAGGAGCUGUCCAAGACACGCAACCUGGAACUCAAACGCAGAACACCGGUCUGUGGAGUCAAAUCGAGAGUCAACCGGUGGAUAACGUCAUAUGGGGUCGGCUUUAUGCCAAAAACCUCAAGAUUAAGAGCCUCGGUACUAAAAACGCACUUCCACUUAUUCCCAGAUCGGCAUCUAGCAGUUAUGACUUGUGCAAUGAAGAGUUCAAAGCUGGCAGGAAUGAGACCAAUGAUCUAUGCAUCGGAAAAGCGCACCUACCGGACAAGAUAUUGAGUCGAAUAUCUAAGGUUCAUUUUUCACUCAAGAAAGACCUCACGGAUAUGUCCAGCCCUACGUAUAUCUAUGACGAAUCUCGGAAUGGAACCUUCUUGAACGGUCUACUGAUUGGGCACCAGAAGAAAAUGAUAAUUAAAAACGAUGACAUCAUAGCUCUCUCGCAUCCCACUUACAAAGCACUCGUCUAUAAGGAUCUAACCCCAUGUGAAGCCAAAGGUCUGCCGAAGGAGAUUAGCGAAUCAUACUAUGUCGGCCGAAAGCUGGGCUCCGGUGCGUGCGGCGUAGUGCAUCUGGUCUACGACACGAAGACCUGUACCCCGUACGCUAUGAAGCAUGUCGUCAAGAACAUGCUGGCCGAAUGCAGCAAACCAAAAAUUCUGAACGAUCCCCAGCGGGUAAUGAAUGAGGUGAACAUAAUGAAAAGCCUAGAACACCCUUGCGUUAUUAAAAUGCAUGACAUCGUAAAUCGACCGGAUUCGGUGUAUAUGGUGCUAGAGUUCAUGAAAGGCGGUGAUCUACUGACAAGAAUUACUAGUAACAAGUUCCUUAGCGAGAAGACCUCAAAACUCUUUUUCCUUCAAAUGUGCCAUGCCGUAAAAUAUUUGCAUGCCAAAGGGAUAACGCACCGCGAUCUGAAACCGGACAACAUCUUACUGGAAAAUGACGACGAGGAAACUUUACUGAAAGUAUCUGAUUUUGGGUUAAGCAAGUUCGUCCAGAAGGACUCGGUGAUGCGUACACUAUGUGGUACGCCCCUGUAUGUUGCCCCUGAAGUACUCUCAACGGGCGGCAAGGGAUCAUAUACUCGCAAAGUAGACAUAUGGAGCCUGGGAGUUGUGCUUUUCACUAUGCUCAGUGGAACUUUGCCUUUUUCCGACGAAUACGGAAGUCCAGCCACGGAACAGAUCAAACGAGCUAAAUUUUCGUUUCGUCAUCGUUCGUGGAGAGCGGUUUCAGCACCGGCCAAAAAGCUCAUCUAUGACAUUCUCACAGUUGAUCCUAUUACUAGGCCCUCUCUGGAUGUAAUUUUAAACAGCACCUGGAUGCGGGAUCAGGAGGUGAUCCAAAAAGCAGAGAAAUUAAUGGGCAUUAAAAUCACCGGGACGAAGAAACCAUCUACUUCUGAUAUUGAAAACAAUAACGAAAAAAUCUUCGCUGAACCUCCCAAAAAACGGCAACGCACCAAAUGACUAGAGACAGAUGACGAAACAGCAUCAAGCGUUCGGGAGAAGUCAGAUGACGAGGAAGCGCCGGUACAAUUGCGAUUUAGAAAAGGACUACGCUUAAAAGUUAGUAUUCGAUGAGCAGACAGUGACAAAUUUCAAGUUAAGGGUUAAAAUACCUUAGUACAUAAGGAUCGUGAUCUUCGGGUGGCGCGUUUUUGACAUGAGCUGACAAAGCACUAAAUCAAAGUACAAAAAUAAGAGGUUUUUGUAGUUACUACUUAUAACAAACGUUUACUGAACUACAACUCCUAAAAUCCAUGAAACGUGAUAAUCCUAGAUUUUUGGAAAAUAUCUUUGUCGAUGAAACUUUUUUCAAUCAAAUAAUAAGCAGAGAGACUUUUUUUUAGUAUAUUUCAUUAAAAUGAGUUGUGCUCGCUCAAGAAACAGAGAUAAUCUUAACUGCAGUAAACUAUACAAAUCAAGUUGUCGAAAGUAAGUUUUUUUUGUAAAGGAAUAACUUCCUACAAAUCGCACGUUGAAUUAGCAAGUAUGUUUAUUUUUAAGACCUUUCAAAUUUGUUUUGAAAACUGGUAAUAAAUUCAUUCUAUUGCAGUAUAACCAACGAUUUGGAACAUUUUACAGUUGAAAUUGGUUGUACCUAUACAUUCUCUGUCGCGCCAGCAUUUUAAUGUGUGUAAUGUGUAAUUGUUUUUGAAUUACUCAAUAGAAAAUAGAUUGUUUCCACUCCUAAUACGUAUACCAGUUGAAAGGGCUCACCAAUCUGCCAUAUUAUGAUAAAUUUAUAGCUAACAUAAGAACGACAUGAAACAGCUUUAUGCUUAAAGAAUUCAUACAUUUAAGAAAAACUUUAUUUUUGUUUCGAAUAAAUUUUUAAAUAAUUUAAA